GGACAGUUUCUGCUGCCCACACCAGCGAAGAAGAAUAAAUAGUCAAACAUGACUACCUUUGAAGAUGUGUGAGAGAAAGUGCUUUUUUUGCAUUAUUAAACAAGAUUAAGGUUUUCUUCACGUUAUUAUUGGAUAUAAUGGCGGCUCAUAUCAAAGAUAAAGAAGCUUUUCAGAGGCUGAACUUCCUGUAUCAAGCUGCACAUUGUGUAUUGGCACAAAACCCUGAGAACACUGAACUGGCUCGAUUUUACUGCUUUACCCAGAAGACCAUAGCCAAACGCCUGGUGCUGAGACAAGAUCCCUCAGUGAAGAGGACAAUGUGUAAGAAAUGCUGUGCUUUACUGAUACCCGGGGUUACAGUCACUGUCAGGCAAAGAAAAGGUUCUCGGCGGCAGCGGGCAACGAUAAUACGAUGUCUCAGCUGUGGCCAAACCAAAAGGUUUCCUAACAACCCCAAACAUCAAUUAUGGGUGGACCAGCCAGAGGCUCAGUUAGAGAAUCAGCAUCAACCAGAAGCCAGCAAAACCUCUGCCCAGAAGGAUAAACCUGAUACAGCCAGUAAGGUGGUUCCUGUGAUCCAGGAUUCUGCCUUUUGAUUUCAAACCUGUUUUUUUUUUUUACCACUACAAGCACCCUCAUUAGAUGUUUGCU